UGCGCUUUUUAUGAUCGCAGGGUGGGAAGCGAAGAAGGUAGGAAGGACUCGAGUGGUGGAGCGAGGUAUAUGGAAUUCAGGGCUCGCGAUUACGAAGCCGAGGAGAUCGCGUGCGCUGUCCCCCGGCAACCCGCACCCGACCACCCGCUUGCCCUGCUCGCCUCGCCAUCUUCGCAGGUUCUUCCUGAUUUUGAGGUUUGUUUUGAUGAUCCACUGAGAGAAAGUGCCACAGAUGCAUCAGAAUCCAUUCUGGAUCGGGAAGAUGGUUGCAGUACCUUGAGAAGUAAGCUCUCAGGAGAAGCCGAUAAUUUGUUAGAAAAAGAAUGGAUUUUUCUGAAAAGUUCGUUGAUGCAGAAGUUCUCCUGCAGCAAUACAAUUACUAUUUCACCGACCACGGAUGCCAUAAUGAGGAACAACAAAGGAAAGAAUGCAGGAUAUAAAACGCUGGCAGAUAUCCACAUGGAGGAUCUGGAUGAUCCAGAAUCUACUGUGAAAGAGGAGAUAAAAGCAAUUACACGACAGGAAUAUGUUUCAAGAUUACAAGAACUUAAGAGUGAAAUUAAUCAGGCAUGGAUAGCAGAAGAUCGCAUCAGAGCUUUGAAGUUAUCCAUCAAGGUGGCCAGGCUUCUAACAGACACUUCUGUUUGCCAAUUUUAUCCUACAUUAUUUACAUUGGUUGUAGAUGUAAUGGAUAUGCUUGGCAAUUUGGUAUGGGAACGAAUUAAGAAGCGGACCGAAUAUGCUGAUGACAGGACACCAGUAUGCUCUUUGCCAGAGAACUUUACAUCUGAUGAUAUUUGUUCUGAGGCAAAAGAGACUUGUUACAAUUGGUUUUGCAAAAUUGGUUCAAUUCAUGAACUUGUUCCGCGUAUAUAUUUGGAGCUAGCCAUUUUACGGUGUUGGCGUUUUCUAGAAGAUAGUUUUGUGUCUAUCGUUGAGCGGUUGGUUAUGAUGAUGAGAGGACUGGCUGAUCCUCUUGUAUCUGCCUAUUGUCAUCUUUAUUUGGCUCACUGUGCAAGAUCGUUGUAUUUAGGAGAUGAUGGAUAUUUGAUCAUGUCUCUCGGGGACAUCUCUAUUCUACUGAGACGGGUCCUUUUGGAUAAAGAAACAGUUGGACACCAUUCCUGCAAGAAUAAAUAUUUUCUUAUAAGUUUAAUAAAACCUGCCAUUGACUGGAUUGUGAAGUGUAUAUUUACCGAAGGUUAUCAGAAUGCCAGUAAUAUACUUGUGGAGUUUGGUGUGGGAAGCGAUCUAUCAGUUUCAACCAGGAAGUUCUCAUGUGUCUCCGUAGUUCUUCAUUAUCUCCUUAAACAUCUUCCAGCUGAUGUUAUCAGCAACAAUGCAGUGGAAAUUAUAGAUUUUAUUGAACAAAACAAAGAUAUGUCAGUUGAAUCUCAUUUGGAUUAUAGGCUCCUUGGACACAAACUCUACGAGUGCCAACACUCACUCAGUUCUGUUUGUGCUGUAAUGAGAAGAAUUAUGCAGGUACUUGGUCAAUACGAUAAUCUAAAUGAGUAUUUGAUAAUAGCAGAUGCUUAUCUAGACAUCAUCCUUCUGUAUUCAAUGGAGAACUAUCUAGGAAUCAUAUUGGAUGGAAUCUUAAAGCGAGCUCAUGCGAAUCAGGUUGAUCAAAUUGAAAUGGAAAAUCUGCAGUCCAUUCUUGUCAAGAUUAUCGAUCACUUUGAUAGAUUGGAAAUUGUGCUUGCUAUGGAACAUUUCACGGCAAUUCUUGACUUCCUAUCUGGAAGCUCACGGAACACAGUUUACAUGAAUAUACUUCAUAAGGCUACUAGAGCUGGUCAUACUGGGGAUCCCACAAGAGUACAAUUUCUUUUUGAAGUAUCUCAAGUCCUUCAUGAGAGCAUCGAUACAUCAAAUAUGAAUGAUGAGAGUAAGCAUAAAGCAGAUUUGAUAUCUAGAUUUGUUGGUAUGGUCAACUUUGGAGCUGAAUGGGAACAGCAUUUAUCAUUUUUAGGUGAAUCUCGUGCAGCUUUUGGUAGCAUUGAUGAACUUAAGUAUGUUCUUAUACAUUCAAGCAACAAUCUAGCCAUCAAAUCUAUCAGAGACAAAAAGAAGUUUCUUGGAUUUCUCAAGUCUUGCCUGGCUUUCAGUGAAGUAACAAUCCCAUCCAUUUCUGACAGCAUUCAGCGUAUGAAUCUUUACCUUGAGACUGCUGAGAUUGCAUUAUUUGGAGGCUUGAUCUCCCAUUCAGAGGGACUUGUUACUUCAGCAAUCAGUUGCUUGGAAUGCUUAAACAUGACAACAGGUUCUCACUCAUCAAAUGAUGUAGAUCAUAUUUCCUCAUUGACUUCUAAAUUAUGCAGUCUGUUACUUAUGAUACCAGGUAACCAUGAAGAAGGGUCUGUGUGUUUGAUACGAAAUCUCAUAACAACUCUACAAGGUCACUCUUUGGCAUCAUCAAAAAUUAAAGUGCAGGUAUUCUGUGCGAUCAUAUCUCUAUCAGCAGGUCUAUCUCAGAAAAAGUUUUUGUACCAUGCAAAGAACAUGGAGGUUAUAAGUAAUGAUCAACUGUAUUUUGGGGAUCCGUCCUUUGAUGAAGAGCUUUCAUCUAUCGCCAGUUUAGUUCUUCAGAUCCUAGAAGAUGUUAUUAAACAGGAGAUGCACUUGGUGACACGAGGCAGAUUGGCUCUGGAUGCUUGCAACUGCCUUCUUGUAUCAUUCAAAACAAGUCAUGAACUCUCUCUAAAAUGCUCCAGCCUGAUUGAUAUUGCCGAGUCAUGCUUGCAUCCGAAGGAGAAGUAUCUACGAUCGACUGUUAACUUGAUGGACAGGCUCUCCUCAAAUAUCGGGGACCAAGUUGCACCUUCAUUAGAAUUGACAUUGGUUGUGCAACGCUAAGAAUAAAAUCAAUUGGCUUUAUGGGGUUUUAAUAUAUCUUUAUUUACGUGAGUUGCUGUGAUUUGUAGCUGAGUUAACAAGAAGAUUAGAACAUUUUUUUUGUUUUUCCUGUCAAUAUUCAUUUGUCCAUUCUCUACAACACUAUGAAAUGUACAAAAAGAAAAUUACUUUGCAUAUAUUGUUGAAGUAAUCACAUUAUUAUUCUAAAUAAAAUACUGAUGAAGCUUUGCCA